AUGGAGUUUUUAGCAUCCAAAGGAGAUUAUGUUAGAUAUUUCAAAAGGCCUUUACUGCUAGUUUUAGUAUGUGUAAUAGUUCUUGUGUGCACUGAUCAGGACUACUAUAGUUUACUUGGAGUAUCCAAAGAAGCAAGUAGUAGAGAAAUACGACAAGCAUUCAAAAAGCUGGCAUUAAAGUUGCACCCUGAUAAAAAUCAGAAUGAUCCAAAUGCACAUGACAAUUUUUUGAAAAUAAAUAGAGCAUAUGAAGUACUUAAAGACGAAGAUCUACGGAAGAAGUAUGAUAAAUAUGGAGAGAAGGGUCUCGAAGAUCAGCAGCAAGGAGGUCGUUACGAGAGCUGGCACUUCUAUCGCUAUGAUUUUGGUAUUUAUGACGAUGAUCCUGAAAUUAUAACAUUGGAUAGAGGAGAAUUUGAUGCUGCUGUUAACUCAGGAGAACUGUGGUUUGUGAAUUUUUAUUCUCCUCGAUGCUCCCACUGCCAUGAUUUAGCACCUACGUGGAGAGAAUUUGCUAAGGAGCUGGAUGGAGUGAUACGCAUUGGAGCUGUGAACUGUGGAGAUAACAGAAUGCUGUGUCGAAUUAAAGGGAUUAACAGCUACCCCAGCCUGUACGUUUUCAAAACUGGAAUGCAACCAGUGAAAUAUUAUGGAGACAGGUCAAAAGAGAGCUUGAAGAACUUUGCCAUGCAGUAUGUUACAAGCACAGUCACUGAGUUAUGGGCAGGAAAUUUUGUAAAUGCCAUUGAAACUUCAUUUGCUUCUGGUGUUGGUUGGCUGAUCACCUUCUGUGCUGAACGUGGGGAUUGCUUGAGUUACCAAACCCGCCUUAAGCUAGCUGGCAUGUUGGAAGGUCUUGUUAAUGUGGGCUGGAUGGACUGUGGCACCCAGGGUGAGCUUUGUGAUAAUUUAGAUGUCUCAUCUAGUACAACUGCAUACUUUCCACCUGGAGCCACCAUAAAUAACAAAGAGAAAGGAGGUGUUUUGUUUCUUAACUCCUUGGAUGCCAAAGAAAUUUAUCAGGAAGUAAUGCAGCAUCUACCAGACUUUGAAAUCAUCUCUGCAGCAUCAUUAGAGGACCGUCUGGCUCAUCACCGGUGGCUGCUUUUCUUCCAGUUUGGGGAGGGUGAUAAACCAAAUGUGCAGGAAUUUAAGAAACUUAAAUUUUUACUUAAAGAUGAGCAUAUUCAGGUUGGGAAGUUUGACUGUCUUUCUUCACCAACCAUCUGCAACAAACUAUAUGUUUAUCAGCCUUGUUUAGCAGUCUUCAAAGGAAAGGGAACUGGAGAUUAUGAAAUUCAUCAUGGAAAGAAGAUCUUGUAUGACAUUGUUGCAUUUGCCAAAGAAAGUGUGAACUCCCAUGUCAUCACACUGGGACCUCAGAAUUUUCCUGACAAAGAUAAGGAACCAUGGCUUGUGGAUUUCUUUGCACCAUGGUGUCCUCCUUGUCGAGCUUUGUUACCAGAGCUGAGAAAAGCAUCUAAACAUCUUUAUGGUCAGCUUAAAUUUGGAACACUAGACUGUACUGUCCAUGAAGGCCUUUGCAACAUGCAUAACAUUCGAGCUUACCCAACAACAGUUGUGUUCAAUCAGUCUGAUGUUCAUGAGUAUGAAGGACAUCACUCUGCUGAGCAGAUCUUGGAGUUUAUAGAGGAUCUUAGGAAUCCAUCGGUGGUCUCCCUGACACCAGAGACAUUUGCUGAAUUAGUUCAGAGAAGAAAACGAGAGGAGAUCUGGAUGGUGGACUUCUACGCUCCAUGGUGUGGACCUUGUCAGGCUUUAAUGCCAGAAUGGAAGAAAAUGGCCAGGAUGUUAAGUGGAUUAAUCAGUGUAGGCAGCGUGGACUGUCAAAAAUAUUAUUCUUUCUGUCACCAAGAAAGUAUUCGGGGGUAUCCUGAAAUCAGGCUCUUUCCUCAAAAAUCAAACACAGCUCAGCAAUACUAUAGCUACAAUGGAUGGCACAGAGAUGCCUAUUCACUCAGAGGCUGGGCAUUGGGAUAUUUACCACAGGUGUCUGUAGACCUCACCCCUCAGAGUUUCAUAGAAAAAGUUCUGAAUGGGAAAGAUCAUUGGGUCAUCGAUUUUUAUGCUCCUUGGUGUGGACCUUGCCAAAAUUUUGCUCCUGAAUUUGAGAUGCUUGCAAGGGCCAUUAAAGGAAAAGUAAAAGCUGGAAAAAUAGACUGUCAGGCAUAUGGUCACACCUGUCAGAAUGCUGAUAUCAGAGCCUAUCCUACUGUUAAGUUUUACCCCUACCAAGGAACAAAGAAAAGUGUUCUUGGGGAAUAUAUAGAUAGCAGAGAUGCAAAAGGUAUAGCUGACCUUUUGAAUGAAAAACUAGAAGCAAUGGAAAACAAAGGAAAAAGAAAAAAAUCUAGAAAUAAGGUAAGAACACUUACUGUGGAGCCUUUUGCAAAAGACUUGAUGUAAAUAAUAACUGUUUAAAAUUAUAUUCUUCAUCUGUAGUAUUAAAUGCUAAUUACAGAGGCAGGAGUAGGUAAACUUAAGAUAUUAACACACAGCUACUAAAUACCCUGAAUGCUGCUUAAGAAAUGUUUGUCCAACUGAAAAAUUAGUGCUACUGAAGACUUUAAAACUAUGAAGAAAAUACUUUUGUCUGUGCUUUCAGAGAAACUCCCAUUGUUUAUUUUCUUGUCACUAGGAUGAACUCUAACUGGUACUGAAGGUAGAUACAACUCAAAAUAUUCUGAAGCUGUGAAGAUAGAAGACACCACAAGGAAAAUAUAAGGAUAGUUACCCUGAUGACAGGACAAGACACAGGAAAAGAAGUUUGAGUUCACAGGCAUACAUGACUGCAUGAGUUCUCUUCAACUGUGGGGAGAUGAGAACAUUUUGGUUUUGGUGGAGGCAGUGUUUCUGCAUGUCCCUCUUCCAACAGACCAGCUACUUUCCUCCUGGCCAAACGCUGGAGUUGACCAGAAAUGUGGACUCAUCACUUUUGCCUACCCAUUUACUAGUUCCUUAUAUUUUUUUCUGUCUCUUCUCAAAUGCUUUUUGAAUGUGGCCCUCAGCCUGUGGCUGAAUAUGCACUCAAACCACUCUGCAAUGCAGAACAUAAUGACAGAUUGUCUAUUUGAAAGACAAACAGUUGUACCUGAUGCUUAUUCUGCUUUGGGGUUGCAUUAUUGUCUAGUUAAUGGUUAAGAAAUAAAAUCAAGAAGUGGUAGGAGGAUAUGUUUAUUGAAUUAAAUUGCUCUUGCCCUCGAGUGGAUUACUCUGUUGUGGCAGUGGUGAUGCUGCCUGGAUGAAGAGAACUUUGAAGAGCUGCUUUAGUCGCUUGGUUUGGUUUUGGGAUUGUGUUCAUUUAUUUUUUUUUUAAGUAAGAAAGAAAAAAAGUCAUUCAUACGUGGUGUUGACUUUCAAAGUUUAAAUUAUGCAAUAGAAGCAUCUGGUUAAGUCAUGAGAUCACUUUUAUCACUGUCUUUUUAAAUAUGAAUAUAUUCUGUGAACAUAUUUGACCUCUUUUGGCAUUACCACUUUCCCUUUCACUGCAGAUAUGUUUUUAGGUGGUUUCUUUUGUGUUUGUUUUUAUAAAAUUAUCAGGCAAGCAGGAGAGCAAGUGCCUUCUUUAAUUUAAGAAUGAACACUGUACACUGCAAUGUCUCCUCCUACUUCUUAAUAGAAUUCCUGCUCUAAAGAGUAAUAUUUUUCAGAGCUUCUCCAAAGACAAGAAAAAUUACAGAAGACAAUGAAAUGUCUGCAAACAACUAUUUCAUGAUUUCAGUAAAAUGCUCCCUAGACUUUGACAGAUGGAAUUUCCUCCCUGCUCUCUAUGUAUUUAGACCUAGCUCUCUAUCUAUUUAGACCUAGCAUUGACUGGUCAGUGUAUUACAAGUAUUACAAAUUUGUAAAUGCAGUGUAAUUGACAAGUAACUUAUUUCAUAAAGAAGGCAGCAAGAAGUGAAGAGAUACAAGUAACUGAGACCUUCAGCUGUUUUUUUUCCCCCUAUUUUCAGGGUUGCCUCUACUGAUUUGUCAUUUUUGCAGCAUAUUAUUCUAAGAACGAAGAGACUGUUGCCUUGUUUUUGUUUUUUUAUAAUGAAGUAGACCUUCCUACAUCCAAAUUUAACUUCAAACUCAAUCACUGUCACCAUUUAAAAUUUUGAACUGUUUUUGGUCAGUUUUUGCAUAUCACUGUAACUAUAGUUCCCACCUUCUCUGCUCUUCUUGGAGAAUGAGGUCCAGGAAAAGUUUGAAACAUAUUUAAGCUAUGGGGAAGAGGAUUUAGUUUAAAUAUCAAUAAAGUUAAUUUUGAAG